GAUCUUUUUGUCGGUUGGAUCAAGGGAUUUGGAGCACUAACAAAGGAAGAAGGUAGGCAGCGUAAACUGUGCUGUGACUUUCCUGUGUCCGGUCCUCGAAAAAAACUCAUUUCACACUCAAAUAUUAAUAAAACCUAGUAAUGCAAAUAGUCUUUCAGGAAUAAUCCGUAAUUAUUGUUGCGCGUGUUUCUUGGCCGAUCCAUUAGUUCUGAAAAAAGCUUUAGAAUAACGUCCGGGCCACUACAAAUUUUAACUAAUACUUGCUGAUUUCCAGUCUAAGAGAAUGAUUUAGCAAAAAGAAAUAAGGGAGUUCGAACAGCACGAGCUACAUAACACUGGCUCUGCUCUCACGGAACCUGGGCUUUUUUAGUGUAAUGUUAAGAAAACUGUUGUAUUCCUUUUGAGUUUUUUUUUUUACCAAGAGUUCUUGUCUUUUAAUUGAGUAAAAAGAAAUCAAUAUACUUACAACGAAAAAAUGCCUAUCUAUUCGUUAAGACAAGGGCAGCUGUCUGGUACUUAAAGUUAAUUUAAUCUCACACUGUAGAGCUUUCGAGCUCUAAUAAGAUGCAGUUCUAUAGAACCUCACUAUAUUUUUAACAUUUGUGUUUCUUGAAACUCAGUUAACAACAACAAACAAUUUUGAUUCUUUUGAUCAUCAUAGGGAGUUAUAUAUCGCUGACGGUUGAUGCACCUCGAGUUAGGCGUUAAAAAGUUCUAGAUCAUCAUUUGAAAUUUGUGUCUCGUUCAUCCUCAAACAUCUUCGCACGAUUUUUGUGAUUAUCUUCUACUAAUAUAGCAUUUUUCACGCCAUUAAGCCCUUAUUGUAGGGGUUUGCAUCAUCAUAAAGCUUAUUUAAGAUUACUAAGCAAUUAGGAAAUGAGUGGGCAGUGGAAAAUAUCCUCGGGAAAAAUUAACGCCCUACUUUGUGGCACCUUUCACAAUUUUAUUAUUUUUUUUUUUUUGCUCUCUCGGUCUAAUUUUUAGCAUAACUUAAUGGCCCAAAUACAAAGCGUAUAGCCGUUUUCAUUUGUUUGACUUGGCACGACUUAACGGUGUCGAUAUUUUGAAAAAUUCUUAAUAUCUUUUGUUAGUUGGAUGAAAACUGUGAUGUACUUCUUUAAUGUCGCUUAAGAAGCCAUAUCGUCAUUUGUACUGUAAAAUCUAAAUAACAAAAAAAAAGGACAUAUUGGCCAUUUUAAACAGUUGGUCACUGAGUGGUUGAGUAAGAAAAGAAUGAGGUCAAGCCUACGUUAAAACUGAGAAAGAGAGAGAAAGAGAGAGAGAAUGUGUGUCGCACAUAAUCAUUGCAUGAUGCUCAACUCAUUUUCGUAAAACAAAUCAAGUAAGCGUCACUCAGGUGGGCAAAUAAUUCAACAGACUUUAUGCCUACGGCCUGGCGGUUACCCUGGUUUCAGCGGCGUAUUCGAGAAGAAUUAAUUUUAAUCUUGAAUUGUUGAUUUUUAGCUUUGAAUAAGCAAGGAGCGAGUACGAGCAAAGCCACUCGUUUCAAGUAGUUUCUGAUCCCAAGCGGAAUUUAAUUUUUGGACAAUGACUCAACAGGUAAGGGCAAAGUGAAAAAAUCUGGUUGCCAAAUUUUGGAUGUAGUCUGCGUAAAAUUUACAGCCUAAAGGUGUUGUGUUUUCUUUCCUCUUGACUCAUUAGGUGAAAAUGGCUUCUGAUAUCGACUCGGUCGAAGAACUGCUUCGAAAAUGUCCAGAUAUCCAUGCUCAAUUCAACUUCACAGCACUAAGAGAGCUCAAUAACUCCAAUAAAGUGUUACCCUGUCUUUUGGGUAAUUUUUCCCUUUGUUUAAACCUCUUGGAUAAGGCAAGUACCAGCCCGCCGAAGGCAAAGACGACGAGCGUGUUGCCAUAUAAUCUACCUGUUCUCAUUACGUACUUUGUACUAGUUGCAGUAUUCGGUUUGAUUGUCAACUUGUGUGUAAUUGGUACAAUUUGCCGCGUUCGUAGACUGUGGACGAUUACAAACGCAUUUGUCUUAUCUCUGGCUAUGGCCGACUUCUUCAUGGCCAGUGUCCUUGUUCCGUUGAAUAUCUGGUGCCAGUAUUACCCCGGUCAAAACGCCUCCACAGCUAAGGACACGUUGUUUCCGUUAUUAGGCGCUGCGUCACUUCUCAACCUGGCCGGCGUUACGCUGGAACGCUUCAUGUCCAUUUCAUACCCGUUUAGGUACGACGCGUUCCUGAAUCGUUUUCGCGCCACAGUCAUCAUUGCUGCCAUAUGGCUGGUAUCGAUAUUCCAGGCCCUCCUCAUCUUUGCUUUUAAAGACGAAAAUGGUAGAACUCCAAAACUUUACGAAGUCCUGCGAUUCGCCCUGGUGUUCGGUCUACCAUGUUUGUGUAUCUUGCUGGUAAACAUAAAAAUUUACUACGUAGCACGGCAGCAUGCGAGACAAAUCAAUGCAUCGAACCCAAACGGGCAAAGCGGCACAAGAAGCUCGAACCGAUCGUUCAUAAAAAAGCUCAAGACAGUUAAAAUCAUCGCUCUACUUGUCGGUACGUUCAUGGUGACUUGGUUGCCCUACUUUUGUUUGUCGAUAUAUGAGCUUCACACAGCUGACGAGAAAAAAACAAGCGGCUUGGCGCUGGCUUUGCAGGUAGCAGAAGCGUCAGCGUGCGGAACUGCCCUGUUCAACCCGUUACUUUAUGGACUGCUACGGAAAGACGUGCGCGAGGCGAUAUUGAAAGGACUCAAGUGUGAAAAUGUGCAUCAGACUGAACUCCAAAGUUUAUCUUACAGCCUUCGUGCGGAGCAAACACGGUAA